CUGAUGCUGUAUUCUCCCCUUAAUGAACCAUCCAUGGAAGCAAUGUCACUCCCAGAUGUUUUGAUUCCCAUAUUUGUUGUCAAUGUUUCAGCGCUCUGAGCUGGGAGUGUCAGGACAGACCGAGAGCUCCGGGAGAAGAAAUAACAUUUAUGAAAGGAAACCUCCCCCACGCUUGAUGUAGGAGGUCCAGGUGAUGCAGCAAGUUCUGAAAAUGAAAAUGUGUCUAGUCCGGAGGGCCUGCAAAGUCCAGAUGGUAUGGCCUGCACAGACAGCCCACCUGGCCCCACUAGCCCCAAUAACGUCAUCACAACCAAUCCGACCAGCCGCUAUGACAUCCUGAAUAGCCCGACCAGCCCUGAUGACAUCUUCAUGACCAGUCCAGACGUCAUCUUCAGGACCAGUCGUCCAGAGGUCAACUAUGAUGACGUGCCCUGUGAGAGCCUCCUCUCUCCUGUGGAAGAUUGCAUCUAUGGGAACGUUCAGAGGCCAGAGAACCAUCAUGGCACCAACAACGGCUGGAGCGGCAGUGAGUUUGAGAGCUAUGAUGAGCAGUCAGACAGCGGGACCAAAGUCAAGACCCUGCAUGGCCCACAGCAGUAGUAAGAUAGGGAGGGCUCUUAUUUUGUAUACUCAGCUGCUUUUGCAAUCUCUAUAUUUUUUGUAUUUGUUAUUCAGACCUUGAUACUAUACAUAACUUGGUGCUACAAUUAUUUAAUGACACCCAAGGAUGUCUGUUGCAUCAAUGUAAGCAUUGUGUCUGUGUUUGUUGAAUGGAGAUGUAUUGAGGACUCUAGUGCCCAAAAGCCUGUUUUAGCAUGGGCAGUGCCAUUGAGGACUUUCACCAUUUUGAAGUAGUCAACUGGGUGGAACUUCCUAUGGGUUAAGGAAGGAUCACAUAAUUCCAUCCGGGUCAUCAGGAUGGAUCAACCAAUUAAUAAUACUCGUGACCAAACAUUCCAUAACUGCAGGUGGCAGUAAAUCGCCAAUCUUGGCUUUAUACCUGUUCAAACAACACACUACAGGUGGCAGUAUGUACCCUUUCAGCUAACUACUUCAAAAUGGUACUGCCUGUGCGCUUGCACACAACAUAAUGGGACAGUUACAAUAUUGCAGUCUCUAUACAUCUCUAUCAGUGGAGGCUGCAGAGGGGAGGACGG